AUGUCUUUCCCUACACCUCCCGUCUCCCCAGUGGAUGAGAAAUCCCAAGAUUACCCACGUGGCUCCGAUGCGACCGCAAGCAAUACCACCAACGUCUCAUCCCGGCUCCAAGCCCUAGAGCAACUAGAGGUCCUCCCAAAAAUGCUGCAGGAGGGCAUCCUCUUCGCGGGAUCCGGUGCGACGCUACUACUACAAGCUGCCAUGCCGGGCAUCCGCGACGCAGGCGCCAACCACGGCGGCCACAAAGAGCUAGCCACGGAGCUUAUUGACGCUCUCCAAGCCAAUAUCAGCUACAUCUCCUGUCUGGUCUUCGGCACCCGCGACGAGCGCAAAGUCCUCAUCGACCUCCUGCAGGAUGGUAAGCCGCCCCUGCUAGGCGGCCGCUCGAAUCGAUUCGCUGAGCACCCGCCGCUGCAGCUGUGGAUGGCGGCGACGCUGUACGCGACUGCGACCGAUUUCUACCAGCGUGUCUACGGCCGUGUGGACUACACCAGUGCUCAGCGCGCAUAUGGCGAGUAUACCUUGCUCAUGGACUGUCUGGGCGUUCCCUCCGGUACGUGGCCGGAAUCCCGGCAGGAGUUCUGGUCUUACUGGGAUGAUCAGGUCCAUCGGUUGACUGUCUCGUCGGAUGCGGCUCAGUUUGCUAAGGAUCUUCGUGAGAGUCAUGAUAUGCCGCGCUGGGUGCAGUCUUUGAAGCCUUUUUUGCAUGUCAUUACGGUUGAGAUGCUGCCUCCGAGUCUGCGUGAUGCCUACGGUCUGCGCUCGACGGUUAAGACUCGGGCUCUUUAUCGUACUUGGAUGGGAUUCUCGGUCGCUCUUUAUCCGGCUAUGCCUGAUAAAUGGCGGGCAUACCCUUUGAGAUUCUACCAGGAUCGGCUCAAGGAGAAGAUGAAUAUGAAGGAGGGUUGA